AUGGCACAGGUGAGCAAGAUGCAUGAAGGGCCUCAAAUUGUGGAGCGUGGCCGGCUUGUUGAGUUGACCCGCCUAAGCACAUCAGAGAAGUCAGGGCACCGACCUCCCAACCCCAUGCGCAUUGCUGAGCUCGUUGCAGAGUUCCGCAACGGAAACUGGGGUAAGACACUCUUGUGUGGUGUGUCUGUGAUCUUGGAUAGCCCAGAUUUGCUUGAGGAUUCUAACGGGCAAUUCUUGCUUCAAGAUGGGAAGCAGACAGUCUUAGCAUUGCUUGAAUGCAAAGAUGCGUUUGAUAAGAACUUAGACGAAGCAAUGGAGUGGGAUGAGGAGUUGGUAAAUAUAUUCAAGUCGGGUCUGCCUGUGAAUGUGGUGAAGUAUGCUGCCGGAUACGAUAAUUUGCUCCACUUGGCGCACGAAACGCAGCGCCAUGAAGUGGAUCUCAAUCGCUUUGAACCGCAUAAGCCAGUCCUAAGCUCAGGUGCGAUUAAUUGCCUUCAGCUUGUUUUAUCCCCAGUCGGCGCCGCCAAGAUCCAAAAGAUGGACUUGGUUGAAUCCUUCCGGGCCCGCACAGUGGGCGGGGAUUGGAGUGCCACACAGAAGAGAAUGGAGGAAGUGAUGGGCACCUCAGCCCGCAGCCGCAUAGCUCGCUGGGUGCGAGCCAGCAGGCACAUGCUUGGGGAAAUCAAAGAGGCCUUGAGACAGGAUGAGAACUCCAUGGCCACCGACAAAUUCAUUUUCGACAACGAAUUCUUUGUCUCUCCCAACGAUAAGAAGCUGAAACCUUCAUUUGCCUUGAGGGCUUUGUCUUUGCUUCGCCGGGCAAAAGAAGAUGGCUGCCCGUUCACCGCCGAGGCUUUCCAGUCUAACUGUUGCGCGCCUUUGAAGAUGGUUGAGAAUUGGCGCCGGCAACUGAACAAGGCCUUUGGCAGCAAGCCUGAUUCCCUGCCUGCGACGGAGCGCGUCCUUGACUACCUGUGUUCGCUUCGCUUGCUGCCUCAAAUCAAGAACCUUGCACGGGAGAACAUUCCUUUGCAUGGCACCAGCGCUCAGAAUCCUGGAGUCCAG